UCUCGGCAGGAGCGGCGGAGUUCCCCGACAGCCCGGACGGCCCGUUGCGGGGGCGGGAGGGUCACGCCGCUCCGCGUCGGGCACUUUUGCGCUUCCACCGACUUUUUCUUCCCUCCUCCUUCCCUUCUCCUCCCCUGGCCGCUCCCAGGUGCGGGCAGGCGCCGGCUCCUCUCGCAGUCCGGCCGGGGAGCGGGCGAGUGCCGCCGUCGGGUACCUGUCACCAAGCAGUCUUCCGUUUUGAAUUAUUUGAGAGCAGCAUUCAAGAGUCUGCUUUAAGAAGAUAAAACGUGAUUUUUAACUUACAAAGAAGAAUUGGUGGUGGCAAAAAGUGUAAAAACUACCCUGUGAGAAGGAAGAGGGAAAGAAGUAACAACAACGAAAUCAAGAUACAAUGUCUGCUCCAAGUGGUGCCCCUAUCCCAUCUGCACCACCUUCUUAUGAGGAAACAGUAGGAAUCAAUGUGAGCUAUCCUCACCCCUAUCCUGUCCCAGAACAUGGCCAGAAACCUGAUGGGAAGGGAAUGAACCCUCCCCCAUACAUGGGACAGCCUGCGGCAGUGAAUAACCCCGUUACAGUUCAGACAGUGUUAGUGCAGCAACCAGUAGUAUUUUAUGACCGCCCGAUUCAGAUGUGCUGCCCCUCCUGUAACCAGAUGAUAGUGACACAUCUCUCGUAUGACUCCGGAGCUUUGACUUGGCUGUCAUGUGGUGGCCUCUGCCUGCUGGGGUGUAUAGCCGGCUGCUGCUUAAUUCCCUUCUGUGUUGAUGCCCUAAAGGAUGUGGAUCACACCUGUCCGAAAUGUGGAGUUCUUAUUGGUUCUUACAAACGCUUAUAGGCAGUGUUUGAACGCUGAUAAUUGAUUGAUGAAGUUGGUUAGCACCUCUACAAGACCUUUCUGAAGCUUCACGGAGACUUCUGGUUGUUUCUAUGCAUUCUAUCACUGGAAACCAAUCAAAAGGAAUGAUUAUUGCUAGAUUGUUUGAAUAAGAAUUUGCUUGAGCAGAUUCUGAUGUAGGUCUGUAAAAAAUACACGUUAUCUUUAUAGGCCACUCAGUCCAGCACCAGCUGAUAGCAACUAAAUUUUUCCCCUUUCUGCUUUAUGCAAAACAGGUUUGUGAUGUUCUUCAGUUGAUCUUGUCUCAGUGAUGUUGCACACUGGUGUGCUUGCUUACAGUCUGGGCACAGACCAAGAGGAGAAUGUCUAUGGAGACCCAUGUAAUAGUCUCAUGGUCGAUGUUGAUGCUUUUGCAACAGCACUGUUUACAAACUGGUAGGAAGCUGCUUGCCUCUGAGACAGGUGCCCCACUCUGACAAAAGAAUUGAUUUGUUGGAAUCUUUUCAUGAGCACUAAAAUUCACUUUAAAACUUUCUUAGUUGAAAGAGAACCAAACCUAAAGGCUUCUUCCUUCAUGGAAGCUGAUUUACCAAAUGGACAACUCAGGUUAUUGUGCAUCAAUGGUGAUUCAAUCUAGUACCUGAAUUUCCUUGCCAGUUUCAAGUCCAGUCAUAUCUCUGCUCUGUAGUAAGGAUUUUUAUACAGGAAUUCUUAAUUUCAAUGGAUUUUGGUUGGUUGGAUUCUUUUUACUGCUGCUUUAUGAGUCUGUGAAGUGUUUUCUCCAGCCCAGUGGAGCCUUGGUUACAGCAUUGGAAAACUUCCUUGUAUCUUUACAUGAGUCAACUGAUAACUCAUAAACAGAGUUCAGCCUUACCUUAAGGCUUGAAUUCCACCUGUAAAACACAGAUACGGGACCUGGGCUUUUAGUUGUUGAUCUGUUUGUUAAUUACUGUUUCUUCAUUAAGAAAGUAACAUGUUUGUUAAGAAGGUUCUCUCAUGAUUAUUUAGACUUGUACUCUGAUAUUUUUUUAAAUGAUUUUUCUAAAUGAAAGAGGAGUUUUGUUUUCAGAAACUUAAGAUGGAUGUGCUUAUUUAAGGUGAUGAUCACAAAAAAAUUAGGGAAUGAGGCUCUAAAGGUUGAAGUAUUUUACCAUGUCAUAAGCAGCAGACUUGGUCUAAACACCAUCUAGAUGCUUUUGAAUGAUACCUGUCUAGAAAAGGCAGACAGGUGAUUGAACAAGGCUAUGAUGCUAACACUGUAUUAAUCUCUGUAAAAGUAAAAAAGCUAAAAUAAAUACAAAUAAAAAUUAUUGCAUUUACUGUC